AUGGAUGUGAAGUUCCUAAAGGAUGAAGCUGUUUACUGUGACCAUGCCUCUCUAGAUCUGUUUCUCGUGCUGCUUGCCCUCCAGCUCUAUCAUUUCCCCAUAGGGACAAGAAACCAGACCAGUGGCUCUACAUUCACGUUCCAAAAUAUCGCCAACGCUGGGCAGCAGCAGCUCCUCUUUGUGCUCUUCCUGGGUCUGUACCUGAUCACCGUGGUGGGGAACCUGCUCAGUGUCCUGUUCAUCCGGACAGACUACCAGAACUUCCUCCUGGCAGUGAUGGCCUAUGAUCACUACUUGGCCAUCUACAGUUUGCUGCGUUAUUCGGUGGUCAUGAGCCCUCACCGUUGUGUCUUGCUGGUGGUUGUCUGCUGGCUGGUCUCUCACCUCCACUCCCUGCUUCACUCCCUCCUGAUGACCCAGAUGACCUUCUGUCCCUUCUCUGAAAUUCCUCUCUUCUUCUUUGAAGUCUUCCCCCUUCUGAAGAUCUCCUGCUCCGAUUCCCACAUCAACCUCCUUGUGGUGUACACAGAAGCGGCCGCCAUAUGCAAGGCCUUCUCCACCUGCAGUUCUCACCUGGCUGCAGUCUGGAUCUUCUGUGGCACCGUCAUUUGGGUCUACUUCCAGCCGUCAUCCAGCUUCUCCUCUGAGCCGGACACCAUUGCCACAGUCAUUUACACAAUGAUCACCCCGCUCCUGAACCCCUUAAUCUACAGCCUGCGUAACAGAGACCUACACCAGGCCUUGAGGUCUUGGCCCUGUGCCUUCAGAUCCUGA